CAGGAUUACAAAUUUUCACAGGGACUAUCAGAAAGCCGAAGGUUUCGUCGCGCCUGUUGAAACCUAUUUUGGCUGGUUACAAGUGGAUUACAACAAAGACACUGAUCGGAAGAAGUGGCCUCUUCAUAGAACAACUAUUUCCCACCAUGAUUGGUUCCAGAGCAUGGUGUGCAUUAAUGCGACGCGAUUUGCUUUAUCGUCGUCGCAACAUUGUCGGAACGGUAAGAAGAAUCCGGAAAACGGAUCUGCAGUUCUUCGUUACGUUUCUUGRCCUCAGAGAYAUUCCUAUGCGCACGUUGGACGACCGAUUGGAAUCAAUUGAACUGACUUUGUUUGUCAUUAUCCUCCGUUUGAUGAUAUCUUGGUUGCCGGCAUCCAUGCGUUACCAUUCUCAUUGCCUUAUUGGUUCGCUCCAUAUUAAAAUGAUYGCAGGUUUUUGAGCUUUGCUUGCCCAUAGUCUUUGUCUGGUUUUUAGUGUUGAUCAAGGGGGCCGUGGAAGAUUCUGAAUCGUUCGCACCCGAAGAAAUCCCUGCGUUUUUCCCAACCAACAACGAUGCGUACAGAUUCUUCUCUUUCACCGAUUACGUUACGGCCAUUCAAGCACARCGAAAGUGUACGCCUACGGAGGGGUUUUCGUUUGAUUGGAGCAGUUUCGCUGGGCGCRCUCUUCAAACUACGACGUGUCAAGACAACCUAUCGGAAUUUUCUGCUUGUACCAUGGGAGGAAUUUGCGAUUGCGAGGUUCUGGUCAGCAUGCCCGACAGCUCGGGCUGUGGUGGUGUAUACCAAACGGAUUUUGGAGAAACUUCGAUUGACGAACUUUGUCCCGCAUACUGUGGAGUAUGCGGCGAAGGAUCGCCGCCGUCGUCGAUGCCAGAUGGAAUGCCACCAACCUUUGGUGCUGAAUCCAAGUUGGGAAUCAGUGGUAUCGCCGACUCGGGAUACAAUUGGCAAGUUCCAUUUGUCAAGUGCGACAGUCGUUUUUGCAAGGAGGACGGUGAAGAUGCCCUUCCUUUUUGCGAAUAUCUGGCUUUGGGYGUGGCACCAGCGACCUCGGACGAUGCUGUGGGACUUGAACAAGCAAAAGCAUUCCGUGAUUACAUUUACCAACGACACCCAGUCUUGGCGGACAGCUCGUCAUUGCCAUUUGAUUUUGAGUUUGUCCAAAUGAUGGACAGCAACAAAGCCGUCGAGGAGUAUGUCAAAGCUGAAGAAUACGGAGMAGACGUGCCAAAGCUCGCCUUGGCGGUAGUUUUCGAUGGGAAAAGCGACCCAACGAUUAACUACAACUAUGCAAUCCGAGCGAACGCGACUGGCUUCAACGCACCCGAAGAAGAAGGCCGUCCUGCAACGCUUACGACGCCCCCCACCGACAAAUUGUUUGAAACGUUUGCACGAAGAGACGACGAAUCUUGCCCAGACCUUGUCGGGGGAACGCCUGAUGUUGGUCCGGACGGAACGAGCUGUACGGUUAGAUAUGCGGCCAAUGGUCUCCUCACAAUUCAAAGAUUGGUUCACGAUUUUAUCAUCACCGAUUCGGGUGCAGCCGCCGCAGGAUAUUCAGUGUCGGAUGGCGGCGUUCAAUUUGUUCCUUUUCCGUCGAAAAGCUACGUUGUGAAUGGUAAGGAAGUGAAAAAAUAAUUAWGAGCAGAAACGAAGCUUGUGGUGCUUCGCGAACUAUAUAUUUUUGGUUCAACUCACUUGAUUCGCCUUGUGAACUUUCAAUUAGGAUUUUACGCCACGAUCAAUCAAUUUGCGCCUCUCUUGAUCACUUUGGGUCUUUUGUACCCGGUGUCUGCAAUGGUUCGAUAUAUCGUUCUGGAAAAGGAACUUCGUCAAAAAGAGUUAAUGAAGAUGAUGAGUGUCAAAGAGUCGGAUAUUGGAUGGUCGUGGUUUGUCUUUUUCUUCGUAUUUCAUUUUGUCACUGCAAUUGGAACUGCUGCUGUUAGCACKUUACUCUGGGAAGGGUCAUCAGGUGCCCUUCUCUUCUUUUUCUGGAUGUUCACCUUUGGCGCUAUUGUCACAUUUUGCAUGUUUUUGGCCUCGCUCUUUUCCAAGGCGACACGAGCAACUCUUGUUAGCCUUUUGGUAUUUUUUGUUGGGUACUUCUUGACACUUGUGGCUGAUUUUCAAAACAGCAGUGCUGGACUUAUAUCCAUGGUGUCACUCCACCCGGUGGGAGCAUUUGCAUUUGGUUUGCAAGAAAUUGGACGAUUAGAGGAUGCUGGAGUCGGUCUCGCCGUGAGCUCAAUGGUCGAAACGGACUCUCCCAACGGAUACACGUUCGCAAACACCCUUUUCAACUUGCUUUUUGAUAUGAUUUUUUGGGGCGUUGCGAGCUGGUACUCAAAUCGAGUCUCUCGAGGAGAUUUCGGACAAGCCCAGCCAUGGUAUUUCCCUUUCUCUAUGUCGUAUUGGUGCCCCGGAAGAGCAUCUUCUCCCACUGGGGAUGAUUCUGAAAUUGAAUAUCCAGCUGAUGUCCCUGUAGAGCCCGUUUCGUCAGCUUUGAGGGAGCAAGGAUCUCAGGGAAAAGGAAUCGAAAUUCGAAAGUUGAAGAAAGUUUUUGGUGAAAAAACUGCCGUCGACGACUUGCAAAUGAACCUUUAUUCGGGUCAGAUCACUGCAUUAUUGGGACACAACGGAGCAGGUACGCAUGUUUUUUCCCUUUGUAUCUCAACCGCUGUAGUAAUUAACAUCAUACAAUGUCUCAUAUUCGUCACAUUUUGAAUUUGUGUUUUCAGGAAAAACUACCACGAUCUCAAUGUUGACUGGCAUGCUGGCGCCAACCUCAGGUUAUGCAACCAUUGGAGGGAAGGACAUCAGAUCAGAAAUGGAUGGAAUCAGAGAAGGCAUUGGUAUUUGCCUACAACAUGACUGCCUCUUYCCUCAGUUAACUGUGCGCGAGCAUGUUGCCUUUUUCGCAAGAAUUAAGGGAAUGUACUCCAAGAUGUCUUACAAAGAAGCGGAGGCUAAAGUUGACGCUAGCAUUGAAGAUGUAGCAUUAGGGGAAAAACGGAACACGCUCUCGAAGAACCUUUCGGGAGGAAUGAAGCGAAAGCUGUCUGUAGCAAUUGCAUUCUGUGGCGAUAGGUAAGCACUACCGAACUGAUGUACUUUUACGAAGGCCAUGUAAUGAAUGGAAUAUUAACUUGAUUUUUUCGAUUAUUUUUCGCGCCCUAAAAAGUGAAACUGUCCUACUUGACGAGCCUACAAGUGGAAUGGUAAGUGACUGCAUCCCAUGUUAAGAAUGCGCUGGGUUGUGGGAAAUGAUUUUYUCCAGACACUAAUUUGCUUUUCAUUUCAACAAUGCCUAUAUUACAUAGGACCCCUUCUCGAGAAGGUUUACAUGGAACGUAAUUCGUCAGUAUCGACAAAAUAGGUGUAUCAUUCUCACAACUCAUUUCAUGGACGAAGGUAAGUAUUUCCGAAAAAUGUCAAGUGAAGUGGUCGACMCUWGARACAUGUAAUUUCUUUUGCUCACGGCCUUUUUUGUCCCUUAGCUGAUAUCCUUGGAGACAGAAUUGCAAUUAUGGCCGAGGGGCAACUGCGCUGCCUUGGAAGUUCACUUUUUCUGAAAAAAACGUAUGGUGUUGGAUAUCAGUUGACGAUUGAAAAGAAAAGCCGUUCUGCAAAUAAAGCUGGUACSCCAAGUGACGACGAUCCAGCCGCCGUAUCAAAGAUCGAUGAAAAGAUUAAGAACAGUGUUCUCGGUAGCGUUGAAUCUGCAAAUCUACUCACAAAUGUUGGUUCAGAAAUUAGUUUUCAACUUCCRCUGGGGGCUUCAGMAAACUUUGCACCGAUGUUCGACCAGCUUGAGGAACUCGUUGCAAAUAGCGAAAUUGUCACUUAUGGAGUCGGAAUUACCACCCUUGACGAAGUCUUUCUCUUAGUAGCUCGUGGUGCCACUCCUGAGAAGGCCCAUCUCGAGUCAGCAGAUCUUGUUGAGAAGGAAGCUUCUUCAAAGGUCGAGAACGACAGAUCGGUCCGGUCGAAAAUGGAACUAGAAAACGAUGGAUUAUUUUCUCGUCAUGUUUCUGCUUUGUUCAAAAAACGGGCUAUGAAUUUCAAGAGAGACAGGAAGGCGUGGUGUUGCACAACUAUUCUACCAAGUGUCUUCGUUUUGAUUGGGUUCUUGUUAUUUGCCUUCGUCACACCCCAGCGAAAUCUAGAUGCUCUAGUUAUGGACCUCGAUGACUACAAUGUCGAUAUUAAAGCAGACCUAGGGCCRAAAAAUCCUAUUGCCUUCAACACUGGUGACAACUUCGCGUGUCAAACUGGCAAAUGCAUUUAUAAAGUCCCGAUUGUAUCUUCGGAAGCCACGGACGAACUAUACUAUUUUUGCGGAACACAAAGCUACAUUGGGAAUGGAACUCAAUGCUCAAUUAGUUCAUACGAAGACGUUAUGUUACAAAUUGAUGAGGCCGGUGCCGAGCCUGCUGGAAAUAUUGUAACGAGUGUGAAUGAGUCGUCUUUUAGUCUCUCGGACACUGCCUAUGAAUAUGCAGCAACCCAAUACGGAGGAAUAUUUUUUCAGCACGAUUUGUCGAGCACGGUUUUGGAUGACACCGAUUCAGCUACUCUGUAUGAUAUAUACUCCGUCGGAUCCCCCAUGGAUAUGUUCGCUGGAAUGAUGGAUGGAAUCGAUAUGGAAAGUAUUCAGCCAAUGUUGGAAAGUUUUGGUGUUGAUACGUCGGCUUUCAAUAUUACUCAGCUCAUGGGGAUGGGUUUUGAGUUGGACUUCCUCAAAGACCUUAUGCCAUCAUCAGUUAACGUUGUUGGAAUGAACUACUCAGAGGCUGCCGUAUUGAGGUGUAUUGAACAGGCAGGAAACUAUUCAACGGAAGCUGACUGUCAGGCCCAGGCAGGAAUAGGCUAUGUCAUUCAAUACAAUCACACUGCAAUUCAUGUUGCGCCACUUUAUCAGAAACUAGCCGACGAGGCUCUUGUCCGGGAGGCUGUCGGUGACAGUGAUUUUAAAAUUCAGUCUGUGAUUCAUCCUCUGCCGGUGACAAGUUACGAGGAUAGUCUUGGCGAAGCAGACGAUGCUUUCACCGCGUGGUUCCUCAUUAUCUUGAGUUUUCCUUUCAUCGCUGGAUCUUUUGCAACGUUUGUUGUUCAAGAGAAGCAAUCCAAAGCGAAACAUUUGCAAACUGUUGCAGGGGUCAAACCAACGGCMUACUGGCUUUCAACUUGGCUUUGGGAUAUCGCAAACUAUCAAAUUCCUUGCUGGAUUACCGUGAUCCUCAUGUUUGCUUUCGACGUUUCAAACCUGACUACAACCGAAGAUGGGGUACUGGGUGCAGUCAUCACUCUACUGAUUCUAUUUGGGCCAGCGGUUGCUUCUUAUUCAUAUUGUGUCUCUUUUAUGUUCACAAGUCCCAGUGUCUGCAACCUAAUCCUCAUCAUUAGUGGCUUUCUAAUCGCCUUUGGAGGAACAUUGGCCGCGUUCAUACUACGUCUGAUCGGUAGUAAUCCUGUUGAAAAGAGAGAGAAUCUCCUUUUGGCUGCRAGUAUUGUCGAGUGGGUACUUAGAAUUUUCCCACCUUUCAAUCUUUCUCGUGGUCUUUAUUCAGCAAUUAAUCUCCAGACGAUCACUUUUUUGGCYGGGCAGCCCACAUCAGCCUGGGAUCCUGAAGCAUGUCUUUGGGAAAUUGUUUUCUUAGCYUGGCAAAGUGUUGGCUAUCUUCUUUUGGCAAUGAAGAUUGACGAAUGGGCUGCAAACCCACGAGCUGUUAUGAUAUUUAGAAAGCUUUUCUGUUGUGAUUGCAGCUCAACAUCCAAGGUUUCCGAAUCAAAUCGCAGUGGAAUUGAUGACGAUGUUGCCGCUGAGGAACAGCGCGUGCUAACAGGUGGUGCUAACGACGAUCUCAUCGUCCUUAGUCAACUUGGCAAGGUUUAYGGUAAUGGAAAGAGGGCCGUUGACUCAUUGUCUCUGGGAAUUCCCCCUGGCCAAUGUUUUGGCUUGCUUGGAAUCAAUGGUGCUGGAAAGACAACAACAAUGGGUAUGCUGACAGCUGAAUUCCCUCCCUCAAGUGGAGAUGCUACACUAGCUGGAUAUUCGGUAGCGAAUGAACCGGAGAAAACACGCCGCACUGUUGGAUACUGUCCACAAUUUGAUGCUCACUUUACGAAUCUUACUGGUCGUGAACACGUUGAACUGUACGCUUCCAUCAAGGGCAUUCCCGUGUCUCUAGUAAAGGAAGCCGCCGCUGCAAAGCUAGCUCAGGUUGGUUUGAGCGAUUCUGAUAGUGACAGGCUUGCUGCCGGAUACAGUGGAGGAAUGAAAAGACGUCUUAGUCUUGCGACUGCAACAAUCGGAAAUCCUCAGAUUGUAUUCCUCGAUGAGUGCUCUACCGGUGUCGAUCCUGUCGCCCGUCGCGAGAUUUGGGAAAUGGUAUCAAAUAUGGUGUCGGAUAAACGUGUUCCACUAGAGGAGAGAACUAGUGUGAUUUUGACAACCCACUCCAUGGAAGAAUGCGAAGCUCUCUGUCCUCGCAUCGGUAUUAUGGCUGGAGGAAAUCUUCGAUGCCUCGGUUCUGCUCAGCAGUUGAAGAGCAAGUUUGGACAAGGAUACCAAUUAGAAAUGAAAAUCAAGAAUACCGAAACGACCGACAAGGAUUAUCUUGAUAACUUAUCGAAGUUGGCGAAGUUCGCUGGUGUAACAGAGGARGAAGCAAUCGAGAAAGGAGACGAAAUCUACUUGGAUUUUGCGAAGAUGGAAGAAGCCUUGACAGAAUUGUCACCAAACGGGUUCCUGAUGGCCAAUGUUACCGAGAACAGUCCGAAUCCAGCAGGUCAUCUUGUAUGGAAAGAGGCGAAGUCUCCAAGCGGAAUCGAUCUUGAUGAACUAGCCGAAUUUGCUGCAAGUGAGCUCCGCAUGCGUGUAUUGGUAGACUUUGUCAAUCAAACCUACCCCGACAACAUUUUGCGAGAACGUCAAGAUACCAAGACCCGAUACGAGGUGAGCUCCAAGGGUGUGCGUAUCGGUGAUAUCUUUGCUGCGGUCGAGGCAAACAAGGAUCGUUUGAUGGUGGCUGAGUACGGUGUCAGCCAAACGUCACUCGAACAAGUAUUCAACAUACAUGCUGCGGAAGCGGAAAAGACCAAACAKGGAACAAAUGAUUCCUAAAGAAAAUUAGCGAUGUCUGGAAUUCGUGGUACUUUUWUGCCGUGAWAAUAGUACGUKUGCGGUACUGCCGCUGUUAUAAAAUUGAAAAAYGAUU